GCCGUCCAGUCGAGCCGCGACCAUCGAGCGGUGAGUACGCUCCGUAUCGUUCCGCGCACCGCGACGUCGACGAAAAGUCAGAGGGAGCUAGAAAGAGAAAGAGCGGGGGAAAGAGAGAGAGAGAGAGACAGAGAGGACCCAAGCGCAACAGUCGCGCGUUCUCGCUCGACAUGUGAGCGUGUGUAUCCUUCUCCGGCUCGGGAAACGGGAACACACCGUCGAGAGCGGCGACGCGAAACACGCAAAGCAUCGGCUACCUGCGUCCACCUACCUACCCGCACGUGUCGUCCAGCAGGAUAAAGCAGGUGACCGGGGGGCAUCCCGUGCACAAGUGCCACACACAUACGCACACACACACACACACAUACGCGCGCAGUACAUACGUGUAUUACGUGUUACGUUACGUGAGACUCUGAUAUCGCGAGUAGUACACAAACAUUCGCGGCGACGCGAUUUGUUUACACAGCGCAGUGGCGCCGCAUUACCUCGACCCCACAUCCCCUUCCUUCCGCGCUUUCUCUGCCUGGGCGGGAAGAGCCGAGUUCGAGACGCAAACGCGGCCACGGUAACGACGCGGCGGUAUAGACAGUAAGCGAGUGACCUCAGCAGUUGAGCUUUCUGUGCGCGAAUCUCUCGUGACGAGAACAGGCGGAAUGAAAAACAAAUCGUACGUGUCUCGCGGUGUCAAAAGUUAACCCCGUUGUAAAAGGAGCCCUCGGCGCCACCUGUGUCGCGCGCAGGGGGAACGAUACUGUUGUCUACGCGACGACGGUAUCCGUCGAUACGUAGCUCGCGCCGGCCGGGAAACGAGCGAAAGCCGCGAAAGUUCACGGUGCGGGAGCCGUUCGUUGAGAAAAUCGCGCACGCCGACCAGUCGUCGCAGUCCUCUGUUUCUUUCUUUCUUCCCACCGAAAUUACAUGCAGCACGCGUCCCGGACCGCGCGUCACGGCACGUUACGACCCCCGCUGCUGGGCCCCCGUCUAAGUAACAGUACUUCCUCGCUGGAAUAAGCCUCUUUCCGUAGAACGGGACCCACCGCACUCUCCUCUGCGCGCGUGCGCGCGCGCUCUCUCGCGGCGCGGCGUUGUGCGGCGAGCCGGCCGGCCGUCCGUCCAUACGUCCGUCUGUCUCGUUCGCGCUCGCGCUCGCGCUCGUCGCACCGUCCCGUUCUAUCGCUCCUCGAGAAGUAGUCUGGCCGGUCGUGGACACGGGGGAGCCUCGUGAAACCAGUCUCCGUGUACGUACGUACAUACGUUCGUUCGUUCGCUCGCGCCCGGACUCCUCUCUCGGGAGAAGAGGAGGAGCAGGCCGUGGUACCUCACGGCGUAAACCGGCAUCUUCCGCACCUGCUCCGACUUACGAGGAUUUUCGGCAGGAGCAAGAAUCGAGCCGCCGGGACGCCCUGGAGGAUCUCGCCAUCGACCGACGGCGCAAUCGAUCGGUUCCGAUCGUCGUUGCGUGACGACGAAGGUGAUCAACCGGUUCGCAGGUGUGCGCGGCGGUAACACGUAAGUCGCGCCUUUAGACGCCGCGUUGUUUGCACCCGCCGCCAUAUUUGGAGCCUCUCAUUAUCUCAAGCGCGUCCGCGGGAAUUUGAAAAUUCGCGGCAGAUGUCAGUCCGAUCGCCAGCACGGUGUCCGGUGUACCGACUCGUAUUUCGACGAGCGAGCGCAGUCGUGCCACUUGAGAGAGAUCGAAGUCAAUUCCGUUGAGUUUUCGUGGAUGAAAGCAACGGUCGCGCUUUGUUUACGCGACGCAGAGCGCGCGAUGCCCGCGCCCCGCCGACCUCGAGCGCGCGCCAGUCAGAAUCGAGCGAGCCGCGCGACCGUAAACACUGGUGGAGAUGCGUCGCGAGUGACGAGUGCGAACGCGAUUCCGCGCUACACAGUGCUCGCCAUGCCGAUUCGCGGACGAUAGUGCGAGAACGCGAAAGCCGUGGGUGCUCGAAAAAGUGCACGACGUGGCCGAUCGUAUCCGCUCACGAUCGUAGGAGCAUCCAUCCCGAUCUCGCGGGAGGAUUCAGUGACGAACGGUAUAGAUAACGGGCGCUUUACAAAUAGAGCUUAAUCUCACGCAAGGUGCGUGCGCGCUCUCACGUUUAUACGCGAGAAUUCGGCCAGAUCGCGCAAGCAACGAGUUCGCUGAGGGUGCGAGCAAAGUAUCGGACGAAGUGAAAGACACAGGCAGAAGGAGAAAGAGAGGCGCGAGGCCUUUCGCCGCUCGCGACCUAAGUUUCUCGGUCGUCCGCGAGUCCCACUGAUCUAAUUCACCGCGCUCUUUUGCACGACGCUCCGCGGUGAAGGCGUCGAUCGUCGACCGCCAGGUUAUCUCGUUACUUCGAGACCCGUUCGAAGGAAUACCUGCUGCGAGGAUAUCGCCGAUCCUCGUGGCUAGUGUUGUCGGACAAAGUGUAUGUGUUCGCGAUACGCGUGUGCAAUUAUUAGUGGUGUUUCCGAAGGCGAACGGUGCAUCCCAUCGUUGGAGGAGGAGGAGGAGGAGGAGGAGGAAGUAGUGGCAGACAGAUUCACCGUUCGGAGCGACGGACGGCGCAGGUGGCAGCUCGGAUUCAGAGGUCGCCAAAGAUGAAGACCACGCAGCGUGCUUUGAGGUACGACACCACUGUACAAAAGAUCAAGUGAUUGAUUUAGCGUAGCCGGCCUGUCGUUUAGGCACAAUUAGCGUCAGUUGGCAUAAUGCCAACGUUUCACUCACGCUUCGACGAGACAUCGAUGGACAGCUGCAUAUUGGCUACCGUCGACGAGGGCCGCGUCAGUGACUUGCCGGUGAAGGACAGUAACGAGAUGGAAGUGACGUCACUCGAGGAAGCCAAGUCGGUCAUAGCGGCUCUGAGAGCGCGGCAACGGGCUCAAGCCCAGCAAAUGCUCGCAUGGCGCAGGACCCUGAAAUUACAGGAGGACUUGGUGGCACGACUGACGCGCGAGAAGGCUGAGCAACUGCGGACACUGUCGUCGCAGCUGCUGCUGUUCGAGUCGAGGCUCUGCAGGAAGCAGAAGGAGAUCGAGGCCAGUCUGAGUCAGCGAGAGUCCAUUAUUCUGCGGCAACAAAGGGUGAUUCGGCAAUUGCAGAACAGACUGGCGGAGAGGACCACCGGCACCAGAGACUCGCCACCUUGCGACGCCUUGGACAGAUUGGACAGUCUGGGUGAUAGCGACAGCGCCGUGGUGCUCGAGGAGACCGCCGACGAUCCGGCCCCGCCGAGGUUUCGGUCCAACAUCACCGAUGUGACUGUGAUCCGCUCCGUGUCGGACGCGGUGGAGCCGUCGAACAAGUACUCGUCGAUGAGACGGUGCAACGGUUUUCUUAGGAGACCGGAGAUCCUGGAGACCGUGUAUUCCGUGGAGGAGGACGGCGACAGCGAGAACAAUCAGGAUCCGUCCGAGUCGACGGAGAACUCGGAGUACGAGGAUAGGAGAGCGAAGAACUUGGGUAACGGCAAGGGCAGACUUCAAGAUCUCUACGGCAGUUUCGAGAGGCUCGCACAGGAGACGGAUUCCCCGCCCAACGAGCGACCCCGAGACGAGAGCCAGCAGGCACAGGUGACGUACAAUAGGGUAAUGAGUAACCACAGAUCCGUGACGAAGCCAAAAGACGUCAAGUACAAGAGGAUAAACAAGGCGAAGUCGAAGAGUCUCGAGGAGCUUCGGGGGCGUCUGAGAAAUUGGGUCGAGAAAGGGAAUAAGAUAGCUAUAUCGUUGGAUCAGUCGUACGCCUGAGCUUACAUUUCCUGAAAGUAUAUAAAUUAUUGCUUUACGAAGAAGAGCAGAGAAAAAAAUGACUGUUCACGAGUAGGUUGCGCCGCUUAAAAGAAGAACCUCAAUUCUAUUAGCGGGAUCCGCGAUCGAGAGAUGGACCUUUAUGUUUAGCGAAGUCGCUGUACGACGUAUUUAAUUGAAAUAUCAUUGCUCCAUGUGAUAUUUACUGUAGUGUCUCUCCACCUUAAUUGCGCACUUAGGUCAGAGACGAGCGAUUCGAGACUUGUGAUAUGAUUUUACUGUAUAUACAAGGGGCGUAGUUAGGAAGAAUUUAUUAUCAGAAUGAGAGAAUAAAAAAAAAUAUAUAUAUAUAUAUAUACAUAUAUCAACGCGCGUAAUGACUCGAAGAAGCGUACGUCCGUGUGCGUUGUAUUCUAACGCGUGGAUUUUCGAGGAAACCACUUUCGACACUUUCUUAUCUCUAUCAUUUACAGCAAACUUGUGUUGUUACGUGCAUUCUGCGGUGAUGUGAGAUAAUUUCGUGUAGCCUAAAUUCAUGGACGAUACGUUAACUCAAGUUUAACGUUCAAAAAAGAUAGGAAAGUUCAGAAGAGAGAUAGCGUCCCACUUUUCUCCACGCGUACCUAAUAUGCCGAAAUAAAGCACGGUUUUACAAAAUAGUAUUGGAUGUUAUUUCUUAAUUAUUAUUAUAUUGUAUCAAUUGAGAGAUUCAGCACGGGCUUUGUGCCACUAACGAUUUGAAGUAUUCGAGUCGUUUUUUAUUUACAAAAUUUAUUUCGGAAGUCGUGCAUAUGUUGCUUUCUGUAUUAAAGAGAGGCUGAUAUGCGAUCGAAAUCUCUGACUCGAUAGAGAAAGAUUACGAAACGAGGGACUGUAUACCGACGAGUCGAAUGCUCAUGUUGAUCCAUACAAUCAAGUGUUAUUUUUGGGCUUAUCUUUCUAUAAACUAUAUUAAGGCCGUUGUUAUUACUACGGCAUAAAUUUCUAUCCCUUGAUGUUCUACUGAAGAAACCUCAGAGAGAAACACGAUAAUCGGAUUGCGCGGAGCGGAAAGGCUCGAUAUUUUUACUAAAACUUGUUUGUAUAAAGAAGUUUCUAUCCAGUUCUAUCCAGCUUCACAUCGACCCAGAAGGCGUGUACUUGCAACUGAGAUGCGAACGCCCGAUUCUAUCGGAAGUUAUAUAAUUGUAUCGCUUUACUCCAGAACAAUCUUAAUAGAACGUGUGAAAACGUUAAAAAUUACAGCAAACACGCGCAACUUAAAAGCGUGAAUAUUUCAUGUAUCCAUAUUGAACCGAAAUUUUGUAAAACGUUCGGAUACACUUGUACUGUAUAAAGAUCAAAGAUUACGUUUAAUUUUAUAUUGAAUGUAAAUUUGGAUGCGCCAAGAGUAUACACCAGACACACAACACAGGCACGAUGUAUGGCAGCGCGUUUUAUAAGAAAUAUAAAUUUUCAUGAUCGCACUCUUUAUAAUGCUGUUACACGCACGCGUUUUACCAUUCCUCUUGUAUAAAAUAAGAAAGUACGAUCAUACGCAUCUUCGAUGCGAACUGCUCUUGCGAUGCUCUGUGCAUUUCUCCCUGUUACGGACGCAUCGUUCUUAACUAUUUGAUUAUCGUGCUCUCGAGCAGACGGGUAUAUAAAGAAAGCUACCGACAAUCUGUAUUUUUGCAAGACAACUGAAGAGAAGCGGAUGGGAGAGCGAAUGUCUCUCUAGCAGUACCUUUGUAAAUAACCGUUACAUGGACGUAAUGUUCAAUUAAGAAUUAUAGGAUUCUACAAGCGCUAUUAUGUAGAUAGAUCUAUUAUUGAAAUAAUAAAUUGUAAUAAUAUUAAAUUGAGUUUUAUGUUCCUGUGGACUGACUAACGAGCAGUCAUCGAGAGAUCUCGUGCAUAAUAUAUUUGUGUGUGUGCACGCGCUUACGAAUGCAUAUGCGUAUGAAAGAAUAUGGAUAUGCAUGCAUGUAUAAAUAUAUAAAGUAUAAACGUAACUAAUGUAAUCGAGUUUACUAGUGAUGCGGAAGAACGGAAGUCUCUCUUCGAGAUGCGAUAGGCAAACCGUGUGUGAAAUUAAAUGUCACAUCGGCUUAUUACCAUCUAAGUAUACACGUGCAAUGGUGCCCAAGUACACUGAGAAUCGAUAAUUAUUUUUAUUUAUGUAAAAUCAUGUAACGUGUAUACUGUCGCUUUAUUAGAGAAUCAGUAGAAUGCUACCAAUAUUCUGUCCCACGCUAUUAUUUUAAUUAUUAUUAAAUCCCAAAUAAAUUAUGUCGUUUGAACACA